CUUUAUCGAUUAUGUUUUGUUUAUUACUUUAUUAUUGAAUCAAACGACGCGAUUUUCCUAAAUAUUUCUUAUAUUUAUGCACUUUUUAAAAGUUUAAUAGUUUAUACUUGGUGAGAUUGUGUAAUUUGCAACGAACAUUGGUUUGGAAUAAUCUCAAUGAGCGAAUAAACAUAUCAACAACCCAAGAACGUAAGAAAGAAUCAUUCAAAAGAGAAACAUGGAGCCAGACACAUCGGAUGUAAAUCUAGACUCAAUAUUGGAUCAAGCUGGCGAUUGGACAUUUGCAGGAGAUUAUCAGUUAUUGCAGUGGAUGAAUAAAAUAUCACAGAAUUUGCAUGCUAGAGCUUCUCGAACUACAGAAAAUUUCGAUCGCCUCAAUAAUAAUGUAAAAUAUACCCACAAUGCUCUGGAUAAUGUAACCAACAGUUUGACGGCGCUUCAAUAUGGCAACCAGUUUGUAGAAUGUCGGGUAGAAGAUGAUGAUGAAACGGCUUCACCCAGUGGGAAUAAUCUACAGCCCACAAAUGGCGUUGAUAAGUUGGAUAAACCAAGUGCAAAAGAAACUUUUGCUGCCUUUUUGGAUAACAAUCUAAAGUUAUUGCGUAUUUACGAAAAAUAUUCAAUAGAUGUAUAUGAUUCAGAUGAUGAUGAUGAUGACGUCGACGAGGGAAAGCGUGAAAAGACUUGUAUUUUUCAACCCGUGAAUCCAUACAAUGAAAGACCUUUGCCACACAUCUUUGGUUCGAAAGAUUGGCAUAUGUCAUCACAUGUUGGCCUUCAAUACGAACAGCGUGAAUCCUCUUAUUCUGGAGAUGAGGCAUCUGAUGCAUUCUCGGAAUCAUCCUUGUCGGCUGCAGCUGACAAUGAUGAUUCCUACGAGACAAAUUCCGAAUGUGCUUCAAGUUUCUCGGCAAGCAACAAUACUUUUGGUGGCAAUUUUGAAGUCAGAAACGCCUCAUCAGCCUUAAUACCUCCUAAAACAUCGAACUCCCAGUCAUUUAGUGAAUCAAGCUCUGCUCAAUCGUCGAGUGCGAAAAUAAUCAACUUCCACACGCCCACUAACAAUGUUAAACGUUCUGAAAGUAGCAGUUCUACAAAUUCUAAAAAUCCAAGUUUGCAAGAGUCAAAUGCAACAAAGGUCACAACUUUACCGAAACCUCGACCAUUUCAAUCGAAUAUACCGCCAUACACAGAUUUAUUUUCAGAGCCUCCCGAAGAUGUGCAGUCGACUCCCUCCUCAAGCAUUUCCCGUAAGACUGUUAAUCUUUUUAACGAUGACGAUGAUGAGGUAUACAAACAUUUAAGUAUUGCCGGAAGCAUACGCAACGAGCCAGUAGCAACUACUGAAAGAAAAGCCAGUUUUACUGGAGAGAAAAAGCCCACAGUGGACCAACAAAGCAUUGCUAAACCCAAAACAUAUGAAAUUCCUAAACCAGUUUUUGUUGAUGAACUCCAAGAUAAGCUAUUCCAUAAAACAGAUACUCCCCGAAGCGCCGUUACUGCAGUGAAGCAAAAUAAUAAAACACAGUCUACAGCUUCUCCAGCAAAUCGUCAUAUUAAUUUAUUUGAUGAUGAAGACGAUGAUGACGAUUUCUUAAGUGCUUUUGUUCGAAAAGAUACACCUUCGAAAUUAGAGUCACAACCAACGCUUGCCACGGAAAGUUUGAAAAAACCAUCCCCUGAAAUAAAUAAGUUUGUUGGUGUUAAAGACAAAACUGAAAAUAAAAAACGUCAUAUAAACCUAUUUGAAGAUAGCAACGAUGAAGAGGAUGAUGUCCAAUUCAAAACCGGGCCGAUAAAGGGAAGCGAAAAACAAGAUAUUAUUACAAAGCCAAGCAUUUUCAGUAGUUUAAAAACCACAAAUCUGUUCGAUGAUGAUGAAGAUGAAGACGAGGAUAACCUUUUCAAAGUCAAACCGAGAAUAUUUUCAGCUGGUCUGGAUAAACUUGAAAAGAAGACAGAAAUAUCGAGCAUUGCUCAAAGCAAACAAACACCUGGUGAUGUCACUACAACUCCUGCAUUUGAAACCAAGAUUAAGGCAAUUGACCUAUUUGAGGAUGAUGUGAAGGAGAAGACAAUAUCUCCAAGCAUAGAAAAUCCCAAAGAAACUGAAAAAAAUGUUGAAAUUUCUGAAAAAUCCAAUGAAGUUCAAGAGAAAUCAUCUGAUAUUAAAGAAGUCCAUCAUCAAGCUGCCCUUAAACCCCUCCCUGGAGACGUGAAUGAGCAAAAUAAAGACAAUGAAAGUAUAAUACCAUCUCCAAAACUAUCCAGAGAUACUUUGGAAGACACCCAUGAGGAUACUCAUAAACAUCAAUCAAAUAAUUUGAAAACGGAGAACUUAUUUGAUAAAGUUGUUGCAUUACAUGAUCCAACCGUACAGCAGAAAAAUGCUUCGGAAGGAAAGAAAAGUAUUUUUGACGAUGAUCUUAUAAUACCAUCUCCUUUGCCAAGAAAGUCUAGCGUAGUACAGGAGGAGGAUGUCCCGCCUUUAAGUAACAACGUAGUAGAACAUAAGGUUCUGACAGAUAAAGAAAAACAACAUACGGAUACAAGCAAAGUUACUACACCACUCGCCGCAAAAAUUACAAAUUUGUUCGAUGGCAAUGAUGAUAACGUUACUAAUCCGGAUGAGGCUGAUAAGACUGUGUCUAUUGAUGCAAACGUCGGUGAAGAAAACUAUAAGCCUGAUCUGUUUUCCACUGCCUCAGAAAAUAAAGAGAAAGAAGAAUCUUUGGUUCAAUCGUUCAAUCUUGCAAAAGAAAGUGGUAGAAAUUCAAAUGUUCCAGAGGAUACAGUUGGCAAUGUUUUUGAAGAUCCACCUCAUAUUGAUAUACCAUGUAGUGAUGGUUUUAUUAAGAAAACUCCUGAGAUCAAAAACGAUAAUAAUCAGUUGGAACAAAAUGCUAAUGAACCAGUUUCCGAUGAAGGUUUGACGGUGCCACCGGAAGUAGUAACAUCUUCCAGCACUAAGACAUACAACUUCGAUUCAAGCCUGCUUUUUGAUGAGCCACCUGAUGACAAUGAUUUCUUUGAAUCUCUGGGAAAGUCCUCUCAAAAUCCUAGUGUGAAAUUUGGUGGCUUCGAUUUAGAUCACGAUUUGUAUUCUGAACCUGAAAUGUCCAAAACUGUAACAGCACCAGCCGAUAAGGUUUCGGAAUAUAAAGGAUUACAACUGUUUAGCGAUAUACCACCUGAAGACAAUGAUUUUGAAGACGUUAUUGAGCAGCGGGACACAAAAGAAAUAGGCACUACGAAAAAACUCAGCAGUGUAUUUUAUGAUGAUUUCAAUGAAACUAUUCAGGCUAUAGAUCGCAACCAAAAUAGACCUUCGACUUAUUUACAUCCAGUGUUUGAUGAGGAACCACCCAGUGUUGACAAGCACAUCAAGGAUGAAUCUACUCUUGUUAAAAAGCAUGAAGCUCCAGCGGACAUAGAAGGAAACUAUGUGGGUAUUGAAAAUGAGAGCGAUGCGAAUGUGAUUAGUGAGAAAUCGAUCACUUCCCAGAAAGAUAACGAAAAAACGGUUGUCGAAAAUCUAACCAGAAUUUCAGAUAAAGAAGUGAUGAUUGCCAAGACAGUGUCAGAUGAAAAUGUGACUAAUGUAAAAUCAUUUAAUUAUCGUCCAAUUUCAAAACUUCAAAUGCCCAAUUUCAAUAUAAAUGUCCAGGCUCUGUUACCUGGUGGUGUUGGCAAGACUAAUUCCUCAAAAGUAAUGCAAAAGCAAAGAGAAGAAAGUGAACAACAUAUGCCUCCAUCGACACCAAUUGAAACGAAAGCCAAUCACGAUGGUUCCCCAAGUAUCCAAAAAGAUCAUAUUCUACCCAAUGUUAAUAAAAAUCGUGUAAGGGCCCCUCUAAAUCGCAGGCCCUCAACUCGAAAAGCAAGACAAGAAAAUAUUCGAAAAUCGUUAUUGGAGGAGAAUCUAAUAGAUGACCAAACCGAUGAAAAUAAUAUGACGGAAACACAUAAAAAUUCAAUGGUUCAUGCAAAACCUCCCGAGGGUCCUGAAAAUAAAGAUAUUUCUAUACAUAAUACAAAAGGUCUUGAGAUUGAGAAAGAAGCUGUGAAAAAAGAAGCACAGAAAGUUUCCGCGCUUAGUUUUCUCGAUGGAGAUGAUGAGGAAGCAGACGACAUUGAUUUAUUUAAAAAUAUCGUUAGUAAAAAUGUUGGAAAUAACCCCAAAAAUACAACGGUGGGAAUGUCAGCCACCUUAACAUCGGCGGGUUCCAUAACUACAGUUUCCAAUAAACCUUCAGUGUCUGCCGAGAUAAAUACAACAAAUACCAAAUCGCCUGCAAAUCCUUUAGUUACUUCCAAAGACAAUCAAAAUCCUUUAACAACACCAAUGACAUCCAUUGCAGCAAAAACACCAUCAAACCUGUCCUCCUCAGCAAGUAAAGAAAUUACUAAACCUAGUUCAAAAUCACUUUUCACCGACUCCGAUUCUGAAAGCGAAAGCGAUUUCUUUGCUAAGUUAGUUUCAUCGAAACAAGCGAAUUUACCUAGCCCUGCAACGCAAAAAGUAAAACAUAGUGUCAGUGAGCCACCACCAAAAAUGACCGCAACUCAAACGAUUGCAUCCAAUUCCAAUAAACAUUCGUCUCUCUUCAGUGAUGACAGUGACGACGAUGAAGAUUUCUUAAAGCCAAGCACCAAACUUCCACUAUCGAAAAGUAAACCAAAAGCAACGACACAUUCCAGCAGUAUUUUUAGUGACAUCGAUAGUGAUGAUGACGACAAUGAUCUGUUUAAGAGCACACCCCUAGCAGCAAAGAAAAAUCCCAGUUCUGCAGCAACUCAAGUUGUCACCAAACACGCCGCCGAAACAAAACAAUCGACAAAGACGCCCAUAGCCGAUAAUCCCUUAGCUGAUCUUUUAUAACAGACCUACAAACCAUUUAAAGGCGAAAGUGCAUUCAAAAUUCGUAUAACGAAUAUUUUU